CCGUCAUUGCUUGAUAUACCCGGGCGUCUCUUACUUCAUUUCAGGAAAGAACGAAGCCUUACGAUCCUGAACCUCGACUCCACCAUCUCCACCUCCUACGAACCCUACGAAACACAUCCAUCAUCAACCUGAAAUCGAACAGACAUGGCAGCAGCAGAAUACUACGCCACAGCCCACGAGCUAGCUGGCACCCAUCCACCACAUGUCUACUCACCACAAACACAACCACCACCACCUCAGUAUCAACAACCCUACGCACAACGACCACCACAAUACAACACAGCGCCACAACAGCAACAGCAGCAGCAAAUCCAAACCUACCCACCGCAUCCACACAACGUGCACCCAACACCACCCUACCCUAUAGACCCGCCCCCAUACUUCGCACCCCCUCCGCAAUCAAACACACCCCUAGGUGCCCCCCUGCACCCCCACCGAAGCCGCUCCCAACCCCCGCGCGUUCGCUUUGCAGACCAAGACUCGGACCGCUCGCUCUCAGACUCUCAUUCAGACAGCGACAGCGCGUCGUCCUCGCCGCGACGCCGGCAUCGACACCACAGCAGCAAUCGCGAUCUAACCCACGCCCAACGCCGCGAACACAAAGACCGCGACACCUUCCUCGGCGCAGGCGCGGGUGCGCUCGUCGGCGAUGUGAUUUUCCCGGGCCUGGGGACGGCGGCGGGGAUUUUGUUGGGGGGCUUGGGCGGGCGCAAGUAUGCCAAGCGCUCGAGGUCUGAGGAUGGGGGGCGUGGGCAUAGACAUAGGGAGGCGUAUUAUGAGGGGAGGGAAGAGGCGAGGCAUGAAGGGCAUGGGCAUGGGCAUGGGCAUCGGGAUGCGUAUCGGGAGGGGAAAGAGGAGGCCAGAUAUGAGAGGGGUGGGGAAAGGAGACAUGGGGAGAAGAGGCAUCGGAGGAGUGAUGGGUGGGACGGUUAGGAGCGGGUUGGUUGUUAAGUAGAUGUCGAGUGUAGGUAAUGAGGUAUAGAUAACAGCCAUGACUUGUAGUUGUAACGAGUAUUUGUUCUUUC